UAAUCCCCCUUCCCCCUGACCUUCUUCACCCACACACAAAUUCCUUUAUAAAAUAUCAUUAUAUAUUCCUGUUGCUCUACCGAUAUCCUGGAUUCAUGGGGCCUUGCUUAGACAAUCUCUCUCUCUCUCUCUCUCUCUCUCUCUCUCUGAAUAUCAUCCAUAACUAAUUUUCAUAUAUCGAUCCUAAUUAACUCUAUUGCUGCAUGCAAUUGCAUCAUCCGAUUACUAUUGUUCUAUAACAAGCUCAGCUAGGGCUUGUACCCAAUGAGGAAGCCUUGCUGUGAGAAGACAGAGAUAACUAAAGGAGCAUGGUCUAAGCAAGAAGAUCAGAAACUCAUUGAUUACAUCCAGAAACAUGGGGAAGGUUGUUGGAAUUCCCUUCCUAAGGCUGCUGGCUUGCGACGCUGCGGUAAAAGUUGUCGACUGAGAUGGAUAAACUAUCUGAGACCAGAUCUUAAACGCGGAAGCUUUGGAGAAGAUGAAGAGGACCUCAUCAUCAGGCUUCAUGCACUCCUCGGGAACCGGUGGUCAUUGAUAGCAGGAAGACUGCCAGGAAGGACAGACAACGAGGUGAAGAAUUACUGGAACUCCCAUAUAAGGAAAAAGCUAGUAAAGAUGGGUACCACUACUACUACUACUAGUACGGCUCUUGAUCAGAAAAAACCCCCUCACCACGACAAUAAGGUACCACUACUAUUGCAGCCUGAUGCUAGAAAUCCAAUAUUAUUUAGGCCACCUGCGAGGACGACGGAUCAGAAGCGUGCGCCUAAUCAUAAUGAUGAGGUGGACGUCUCGGAUUCCAUGAGUAUUAACGGUGGUAAUCAACUUCAAACAGGUGUUAUAAUGAGCAACAAAAGCUGCUGUUUGCCUGACUUAAAUCUUGACCUCACUCUAAGUCUCCAGUUGGCUGUGGGAGAGAGGCAGCAAUCUGAUAUCUGAAAGUAAAACGUAUCCGUCCCUCCCACCCACCACGAUGACCUCCAGGGCUCCUCUUCUUUUAGACAACAUUGGUGCUUUGCUUGGAUUGGACGCGUGGAUAUAUACUAUAGUGACUAGUGUUGACUAGGAUAAAGUUGUGUGCGCAAUUCGACAAUGGCUUACUUUCGGUUUGAAGCUAUAGUAGUAGUACUAGUCAGUCAGUCAGUCAGUCCGUCAGUGUGUGGAGAAGGCAAGAGUUACCGACUACUUUUGCCAAAUACUAUAUAUAUAGUUGUUGUUACGUAUACAUAUAUAUAUAUAUAUAUAUAUGUAGAGGACAAACUUACCGUACAUAUCUGAUUCGUAUUGACCAAAUAUAUUUCAAACUCUUGCAAGAGGAGGCAGAGGGGAACUAGCUAGCCGUAUCUCUGCCAUUAGUUAUCCAGUGAGAUGAAAAAAGUUAAUCGUACGUAUACAACGUUCUGGUUUUUCAUAUAAUAUAUCUUUUGUAUCUUCAAUUUGCAUAUAUUUAUCUCUGUAAAUGUUCCAGU